GCGGAAGAGGCGGGGCGGAUGGUCAUGCACUUCCGGAGCCUGGCAUCGCUGGCUGAAGCGGUCUGUUCCGUGAGACAUCCCGAGGGCCGUAGCUGGGCGGCACUAUGGUCCACCUCACUACCCUUGUGUGUAGAGGUUACCGCGGGGGCCACUUAACCAUUCGCCUCGCGUUGGGUGGCUGCACCAACAGGCCCUUUUACCGCAUCGUGGCUGCUCACAACAAGUGCCCCAGGAACGGCCGUUUCGUGGAGCAGUUGGGCUCCUAUGAUCCACUGCCCAACAGUCACGGGGAAAAACUUGUGGCCCUCAAUCUGGACAGGAUCCGACACUGGCUUGGCUGUGGGGCCCACCUCUCUAAGCCCAUGGAGAAGCUUCUAGGACUCUCUGGCUUUUUCCCUCUGCAUCCUAUGAUGAUCACAAGUGCCGAGAGAUUGCGAAGGAAACGGGCACGUGAAGUCCUCUUGGCUUCUCAGAAAACAGACACAGAGCCUACAGAAACAGAAGUGAGCUAACUUCAGUGAUGAGCACAGUAGUGGUUACAGCGUCAAAGUCCUCUAAAAGCAUUGUGCAGUGCUCUUUUGUUAGUGUGGAGGUUAAUAAAUGGAGUUUUCUCAGUCA